CCCAAGACUCUGAAACCGUUUGGACACACCUGCCCAGAGGCUCCGCCCACUACGCCUCACCUGAGGUGGAAGCCCCCAAGUAGCGGAGCAGUGCAUCUUGGGAGUUACAGUCAGCUAGCCACAGAGCCUACCUCCAUACUUCUGUUUUUUUCUCUCUCUCUUUGAGUGUGUGUAUGUGUGUGUUCAGCGUAGUUUCCUGUGAGGAAGUUGCAGAUCCACUGGAGUCACGGACCCGGUCUUGUUCUUCGUUCAGAGAAUGGUGGCGUAGAAAGUAAACAUGGGCUCUCUACUGUCGUCCUUGGGGAUAGAGUGUGGAGGGAAGGAGCAGGAGAAGGAAAGGGUUGUGCGGGCAAAUGAUCGGGAGUAUAACCUCUCUUAUAAGUAUGCGAACAAUGAGAUUAGGACCUCCAAGUAUAAUAUAAUUACAUUCCUACCACUCAACCUUCUAGAGCAGUUACAGAGGAUCGCUAAUGCCUAUUUCAUUGCCCUACUCUGUCUUCAGCUCAUCCCUGAGAUCUCCUCUCUGUCCUGGUUCACCACUGUGGUGCCCCUGCUGCUGGUGCUCCUUAUGACAGCCGUGAAGGAUGGCAGCGACGAUGUAAACAGACACAAGAGUGACAGGCAGGUGAACAAUCGCAAAGUGGAAGUCCUGGUUAAUGGCCAACUCAAGAGUGAGAAAUGGAGGAAUGUUCGAGUGGGCGACAUCAUCAGGCUGGAGAAUAACCAGUUUGUGACGGCAGAUCUGUUGCUGCUGUCCAGCAGUGAGCCCUUGAAUCUGGUUUACAUAGAGACCGCUGAGCUGGACGGGGAGACAAACCUGAAAGUGAAACAGGCUUUGACCGUCACUGGAGAGUUGGGAGAUGACAUUCAGAAGCUGGCAGCCUUCAAAGGUGAGGUAUGCUGCGAGCCCCCCAACAACCGCCUGGACAAGUUCCAGGGGAACCUGACGGUGAAAGGAGAGACGCUCUCGCUGGACAAUGACAAGAUCCUGCUGCGGGGUUGCACACUCAGGAACACAGAGUGGUGCUUUGGUCUGGUGGUGUUCGGAGGCCCAGAUACUAAGCUCAUGCAGAACUGUGGGAAGAACAGGUUCAAGCGCACGAGCAUCGACUACCUCAUGAAUGUGCUUGUCCUGUGUAUCUUUGGCGGCCUGGCGUUCAUGUGUGCUGUGCUGGCCAUUGGUAAAGGGAUCUGGGAGAGCCAGGAGGGCUCGGCCUUCGCUGCCUUCCUCCCUGAUGGUGGCUACAACCCCGCCUUCUCUGCCUUCCUCACCUUCUGGUCCUACGUCAUCAUCCUCAACACUGUGGUGCCCAUCUCACUUUAUGUCAGUGUGGAGAUCAUUCGGCUAGGCAACAGCUACUACAUCGACUGGGACCGUAAGAUGUACCAUGCGGCCAGCAACACCCCGGCGCAGGCGCGCACCACCACCCUGAACGAGGAGCUGGGCCAGAUCAAGUACAUCUUCAGCGACAAGACGGGCACACUUACACAGAACAUCAUGACCUUCAACAAGUGCUCCAUCAACGGGAAGUCCUACGGAGAUGUUGUUGACUUCAGUGGACGGAGGAUUGAGAUCACUGAAAAGACGCCUAAGGUGGACUUUAGCUGGAACCGGCUGGCGGACCCAAAGUUCUCUUUCCACGAUAAGAGUCUGGUGGAGGCUGUGAGGCAGGGCUCGAAGGAGGCGCAGGCUUUCUUCCGACUGCUUGCACUCUGUCAUACCGUAAUGCCCGAGGAACUAAGUGACGGUGGUCUGAACUACCAGGCCCAGUCCCCAGAUGAGGGAGCACUGGUGACGGCCGCAAGGAACUUUGGCUUUGUGUUCCGCUCCCGGACGCCAGAGAGCAUCACGGUGGUGGAGCUGGACCAGGUGACCACGUACGAGUUGCUGGCCAUUCUGGACUUCAACAACGUCCGCAAGCGCAUGUCUGUCAUCGUGCGCUGUCCCGAGGGGAAACUAACUUUGUAUUGUAAGGGAGCUGACACUAUCAUUUAUGAGAGACUGCACCCCUCCUGCUCCAAACUGAUGAAGGUCACUACGGAGCACCUGAAUGAGUAUGCAGGAGAGGGCCUCCGCACCUUGGCCCUUGCCUAUAAGGACCUGGACGAGGACUACUUUAAGAGCUGGCGAGAGCGCCACUAUGAGGCCAGCACUGCCAUGGACAGCCGUGAGGAGAAGCUGGACGCCAUCUACGAGGAGAUCGAGAAAGACUUGAUGCUUUUAGGAUCCUCUGCAGUAGAGGAUAAGCUACAGGACGGCGUCCCUCAGACUAUAGAGCAGCUCGCCAAGGCUGAUAUCAAGAUCUGGGUGCUGACCGGAGACAAACAGGAAACGGCUGAGAAUAUCGGCUACUCCUGUAACAUGCUGAGGGACGAGAUGAAGGAGAUAUUCAUCGUGGCAGGAAACACAACCGAGGAGGUGGCAGAGGAGCUGCGAGCUGCUAGGAAGAAGAUGAAACCAGACUCAUCAGAUGAGCCACCCCUGCACAAGAGUGGCAUUCUGGGUAAAAAGACCGAGGUGGUGGAGGAUGAGACAGUGGAGGGCGAGUAUGGCCUGGUCAUUAAUGGACACAGUCUGGCCUAUGGCCUGCAGAAGGACCUGCAGCUGGAGCUGCUACGGACAGCCUGCAUGUGCACGGCUGUGAUCUGCUGCCGGGUCACGCCCCUGCAGAAGGCCCAGGUGGUGGAGCUCGUCAAGAAGCACAAGAAGGCUGUGACGCUGGCCAUCGGAGACGGAGCCAACGACGUCAGCAUGAUCAAAGCUGCCCACAUUGGCGUUGGCAUCAGCGGGCAGGAGGGCAUGCAGGCGGUGCUGUCCAGCGACUACUCCUUUGCCCAGUUCCGCUACCUGCAGCGCCUCCUGCUGGUGCACGGCCGCUGGUCCUACAUCCGCAUGUGCAAGUUCCUGUGCUACUUCUUCUACAAGAACUUCACCUUCACCUUCGUCCACUUCUGGUACGGGUUCUUCUGCGGAUUCUCCGCCCAGACGGUGUAUGAUGAGUGGUUCAUAACUCUCUACAACCUGGUGUACACUGCCUUACCUAUCCUUGGCCUUGCUCUAUUCGAUCAGGAUGUUGACCAUCGCUGGAGUUUCCAAUACCCCCAGUUGUACCAGCCAGGUCAGCUGAACCUCUACUUCAGCAAGAGGACGUUCGUCCGCUGCGUGCUGCACAGCGGCUACAGCUCACUCAUCCUCUUCUUCAUCCCCUACGCCGCCAUCCACGACACGGUCAGGGACGACGGAAAGGACAUCGCCGACUACCAGUCCUUCGCCCUGCUCGCACAGACCUGUCUGCUCGUGGCCGUCAACAUGCAGAUUGGUCUGGACACCUACUACUGGACAGCAGUGAAUCAGUUCUUCCUCUGGGGAAGUAUGUCUGUGUACUUUGCAGUCUCUUUCACCAUGUACAGCAAUGGCAUGUACCUCAUCUUCACCUCCUCAUUCCCUUUCAUUGGUGUGGCCAGAAACUCCUUAAACCAGCCCAACGUGUGGCUAACAAUCCUUUUGACGUCGAUCCUGUGUGUGUUGCCUGUGCUGGCCUACCGCUUCCUCUAUAUGCAAUUAAGGCCCACCAUCAACGACAAGGUGCGGUACAAAGUCAGACAAGAGAAGGCGCCCCCUGCGGACACACCGUACCGCUUCCUUCCUCGACGAAUCAGCAAGCGCCGCUCAGGCUAUGCCUUCUCUCAUUCACGUGGCUAUGGUGACCUGGUGACCUCCGGCCGCUUCCUCCAGCGUCCGAUCAAAAGCCGACCGGCCCUGUUCUCCCGCAGCAAUACCUCUGGGUCUCCAGUGGCGGAGGAUUCGCCGCAGAUUUUCCGCACCAUCACAGAAGAGCCCAUUGCCUGAAUCAACUAUACACACACACACACAAACACACACACAAACACAAAUACAAACACACACAUACUCACAGGCACAAAUGCAAACACACACAUUUACAGACGCACAAAUGCAAACAUACACAUACUCUCACACACGCACACAAAUGCAAACAGGCAAGCACACAUAUACACAAACCCACACACAAACCCACACACAGGCUCAUCUUCACAUAGUGGGCUAGGCUGCCUUGAUGAAGGAAUGGCACAGACUGCAUCUGACUGAACUGUGGACUUCACUCAGAACUGGAAAUGGCACUUGAAAUAGUGUUGCUGCAUGUAGCACUUCAAGAAAGUGCAUUGACGUUGUGAGGGAAUACAGUCGUCAUAAUGGGUGCAUCCCUACAGAGAUGAUCAGCACACAUCUUGAGCACUCUUUCCAAGGUUCUUAGUCAGGAGAGAGGGAGAUAUUUGUUUGGAAUAUGGAUGUUUGAUUUGACUGAAAAGAAGAGUUUGCAAUGAAGUGAAUUAAAAUGUUUCCCAUGCUCUUCCUCCAAUAUCCUCCAAAAAAAGAGCAGUCUGUCUACAAUAGGAGUUUUACAGGAGUUUUGUUAAAGUCUAUAAUGAAUCAGCAGGUCUGGAGUGUGUGGCGUUUCCUCCCAGUCUGAACACAGUGCAGUGACACGCCAUUGCCCAUUUGCGAAACUGAGACGGGCAUUUUGCCUGAGCAGUAACCGAAUAACUUUAGCUCGAUCAAAGGCUGAAUAGAAAAAGGGAUGAAUUUCCUCUGACAGAUUAAUUUCCCUUCAAGAUACUGCCAAUUCCUCCCUUCAGAUGUACACACUGCAUAGUACUGUGAAUUUUGUUUUCUUUAAAAAAAAAAAAAAAAAAUUGGGGAAGGAAAAUUUUUGAUAGUGAGGAUGGGGGAAAUGACUCUUGUAGACUAUAACAUUAACAUCUUGACUUGAAUGACUUCAGCUCUUCAGAUAAGCACUUUCCAUGUUCACUUUAGAAGGGAAACUUGAUGUAAAACAGAAAACCGCCUAAAACACUACAUUAUGUCUUUUUUAUUAUUAUGUCUUAAAAGGUGCCUUAGCACACAUCCUGAUCUUUUAAGUAAUGUGUAAUUGCAUUUCAACUAUAGAGAUGGAAGAUGGGCACAUCCCCCUUAUAUAGAAGGGAAGAAUCUUUACUUAUGUAAACAGUGGUUCAUGAUAGAUAUGGGGGUGGGUAAGGGUAAUUUGGGGGGGAAAAAUAAAGGUACUGAAAAUAGUAUACCAUUAAUUAGGUUAUUGAGGGCCAGGGUAUUUUGUCAUAUAUGUUGAUGGCAUUACAUUGUCUUGUGUGUUUUUUUUUAAUCAUGUGUCUUAACUAAAUUACAUUUUGGAUGUUUUUGUAUUCUCCGUAGAAUCUUUGAGUGUCUUGUAUUUUAACAUAUUUUGUUCUAAUUAUCCUUGAUUUCGCCAAUAACGUGACUGGGGCUGAAGUAGUUUAAUAGCUACACUGCUUUUUCACAGCAAUAAACAUAUGAUAUUUUUCUACAA